CAUAAGGCACUGCACGUAAAUUCAUUUGGAGACUGAGGUGGCCUCGGUGCUGGCGUGGUGGCAGAAGAUCUGCGGUGAGGAAACAUGGCUGGCCCGACCAUCGCUUCGCGCUUGUACUCCCUGCUGUUUCGCAGAACUUCUACCUUCGCCCUCACCAUUGCCUUGGGAGCCGUGUUUUUCGAGCGCGCCUUCGACCAAGGCGCAGACGGGAUCUACGAGCAUAUUAACGACGGGAAGCUGUGGAAACACAUCAAGCACAAGUACGAGAACAAGGAGUAGUUCCUCGCCUCCCCGGGGCCAGAAGGACCAGGUCCACCUGCUAGCUGUUCGUGCAGACCAGGGGGCUCAGCCCAAAGAUGAGUCCUGUGCUGCUCUUCACAGCUGGCACAGGCCACCUGUAGCUGUUGGCAAGAAAUGGCUCCACCUGACAGACUGUUUAACUUCUGCUGUGUUUGAAGUGCAUUUGAUCAGAGUUAUCAGCAAAUAAAUGUAAAUUAAUCCUUGAGA